GUACCACUGACUGUCACCAUGAGUGAAGGCACCAAUCACGAUGUGUCUUCGAAGAGACGCAUCAUUCUCAAUGCAUUCGACAUGUUCACCCCCAGUCAUCUCUCCUUCGGGCAAUGGAGGAGAGAUGAUGAUCAGUCCUCGACCAAGCGCAGAGAUCUCGAUUAUUGGACCAACUUAGCCCGAGUUCUCGAGCGAGGUGACAUCAAUGCGCUUGUCAUCGCCGACACCUUUGGCCAGCAUGAUGUCUACAAGGGAAGUGCGGAGACAACCUUGAGGUCAACUGUCCAGUUCCCAAUGGGAGAUCCUUCUAUCCCAGUGACUGCAAUGGCAACUGUGACCAAGAAUCUUGGGUUCAUCAUCACCUCGAGCACGAGUUAUGAAUCUCCUUUUGUUGUUGCAAAGCGAUUCUCGACUCUUGAUCACUUGACAAAGGGGAGAUUCGGCUGGAAUAUCGUCACUUCGUUCAAAUCAUCUGCAUCCAAGGCUGUUGGCCUAUCCUACGUAGAGCAUGACAAGCGUUAUGAAAUCGCCGACGAAUAUCUCAAAGUUCUCUAUAAAAUUUGGGAAGGUUCGUGGGCAGACGAUGCACUCAAAGAGGACGCCGAGAACGAAAUCUAUGUAAAUCCCGACCGAGUCCGGUGGAUUGAACACAACAGCGAAAACUUCACCCUGAAUGCGCCGCAUAUUCUCGACCCCUCGCCACAGAGAACCCCCUUUCUCUUACAAGCAGGGACUUCACCCGCGGGAAUUGCUUUUGCGGCGAAGCAUGCUGAGGGUGUGAUGCUCUCCGGGCUCUCGCCACACAUCCUUGCGCCUCGUGUUGCAGCGCUUCGCUCCAAGGCCGCCGAGUUCGGUCGCAACCCUCGCAACAUAAAGGUCUUUGCCAUCGUGACGCCUGUGUUAGGCAAAACGGAGGAAGAGGCGAAGGCCAAGUAUGAAAAGGCUCUCAAAUACGCCAGCUUUGAAGCUGGAUUAGCUUUCUACUCUGGCAAUGCCGGUAUUGACUUGUCAACCUUUGACCUUGAUACGGAGAUCAAGCCGGAAGACUCGACUGUGGACAGUCGGAUACAGUCACUGGUGAGCAGCUUGAAGUACCGCGGCGAUGAUGUGCCUGCAUGGACACCACGGACAAUCGGCAAGGCCAUGGCAAUUGGUGGUAACGGCCCUGUUCCAGUCGGAACUCCCGAACAAGUUGCCGACUUCCUCGAAGAGUGGGUCAAAAUAGCUGACUUGGACGGCUUCAAUGUCGGCUAUGUUGUCAGCCCGGGAAGCUUUGAGGAUGUGGUCGACUUACUGGUGCCAGAACUCCGUCGCAGGGGGAUUUAUACUCCCCAAGGGGAAAGCGGCACCAUUCGUGAGAGAAUCUACGGAGCUGGUCAGACACGUUUACUUGAUGAACACGAAGGUAGCAAGUACAAGUAUGAGAACUAUGAUCUCGCACAGAAAUAG